CGUGCGCUGCUCUUCCAGUCAGCUCUCAGUGCUGCUCAGUCUAUUGUUGCGUGCAGAAUCCACAGCAGCAGAUCCUCAUACAGAAACACUCCAGCAUCACAUCUCAGAACUCAAGCAGAGAAAGAGGAGCAUUAGCAGAAUGUCCUCGCUCUCCAACCAGCAGCCGGCGUCUCCGUUCCCAGACUACAGCGAGCUCUGUAAAGUCCCCUCCAUGCCCACCUCUGCCCCUCCUCCGGCAUGGGACUGGCAGCACGGAGACCUCAGCGCAAAGCCCAAUUUUAGCGUUCGAGCUCCUGGAAUGACCGACGAGGACAAACUCUGCUUUUACGAGACACCGUCAGAUCUGGGGCAAAGAAACAUCCCGCCGAGCGUCUCAUUCGGCAGCACUGGAGACAGUCCCGAAAGCCUGUCAUCCUCCUCAGCUGCAUCACCGGGAAAAUUCACACCAUUGAAAUGCAUGGAGGAUAACGCCGGGAUGAUGCUUCUAGAUGGCGUUCAAACACCGGUUGCACCCUUGGAGCCUCCAAACUACUGCGUGAUCGGCGUAAUCAAUGACAGCUAUUUGGAAAGCAGAGAUGAGGAGGAGAAAUGCGAUGAAAGCGAUGAAGAAGUGGAUCUCCAGCCUUGUUUCAUGGGUCGAGCGGAGCAGCAGAGGAAAGCCAUGCGCAGAGCCAUGUCUGAGUGUUCGCAUCUGUCCGUUCCGGCUAGUUUGGAGCUCCCUGAUAAAUAUCCUGGAGUUCUGGAUGAGUUUGUGUCGCCUGUUAUAGGAGCGUCUCGCCGUCAGCAUGGGGCGGCUAUGAAGCGCUCAUUAACCGUAGCCGAUGAUCAGCCGCCGACUCCUCCGCCGGUACUGUCUGCCGGAGCCGCUCGCGGAGAUCUGAGGAACGAUCUGGAUCUGUCGUGUUUUUCGAUGAGUAAAAAGCAGAGCAGUUUCCCGCUCUCGCCGGUCGAGGACCUGUUGGAGGCUCCGUUCAUUGAGAAAGAUCAAGGAGUCGUUCUGGCCGUGCCGGUGAAUGCGUGUGGUGUUAACGGGACGUGCAGGAGCGCUGAUUCCACUGGCGGGAUGAUUGAGGAAAACUCUGAGAAGAACAAGCCGGAGGUGAAUAAAAUGGACCCUGUCCAGAAGUUUGAUGAAUUUGACAUCUUCAGCAAGACAGAGAAAGAUCAGAAGAUGGAGACAAUAACAGAGAAAGACAAAUCUGAGCCCAAACAGACAACCAAAGCAGAAAACACAGAACCUCUGGACAAAAACAAAGAGGUGGAGAAGAAAACGGAUGAAACCGUUCACCAUGUUGAAACGCCAGUGAAAGUGGAGAAGAUUGAAAAAGUGGAAAGAAGCACUAAAGAUGAGACGGAAAAAGCUGCAAUGGUGGAGAAAAGCACUGAUUUAAUAGAAAAGACAACAGAGUUCUCCCCAAAGAAAGAGGAGCCGGUGGAGAAACAAGAGCUGAAGAAAGAAGAAGUGAAAGUCGAGAACAAAUCAGAGCAGAAAGAUGAUGUGAAGGAGAAAGCUGAACAGAAGACCCAACAAGACAAAACAGAGGAGGAGAAAGUAGAAGAGAAAGCAGAAAAGAGCGAACCGGCUGAUAAGAAACCUGCCAAAGCUGAGACGAAGGAUGACAAAGCCAAAAAAGCAGCUGCUAAACCCUCAGCGGCCAAACCUGCGCUAACCAACGGUGCUCCUGGAAAAGACUUGAGCAGUCCUGAGAAGAAGACCAAGCCUGUUGCUGGAUUAAGCAAACCCAGCUCUGCCAAGCCCCGCCCCAGCUCCGCCUCCACCUCUACAGCUGCCCCCAAGCGUCCAACCGCUACCUCAGCCUCCAGCGGCUCCGCCCCCAUCAGUAAAAAAGCCCCUGCACCCAAAACAUCCGCUGCACCCGCGGGCACCAAACGGCCCGCCACGGCCACAGCACGACCCCCCACCGCCACCACAGCGGCCAGAGACGUCAAGCCCAAGUCGCUCACAGAGAAGCGUCCACUGGUGCCCAAGCCCAGCACUGCUCCCUCUCGACCCGCUGCAGACAAACCUGCGUCCACAACACGACCCACAGCCAGCGCUCCCGCGGCCCGACGCCCCCUUGCUGCGAAGGCUGAGAGCAAACCAGCAGACGACAAGAAAGCCAGCACACUGAAAACUACAGUUACAGAUGGCGCCCGCUCUAAACCUGCAACCGCCAGACCCUCCACCUCCGGCACUAUCAGCAGCAGCGCCUCCACCCGCCCUCGACCCACCAAAACCCCCUUAGCAGGCGGCACCGGCACCACUCCUGAGGUUCCGAGGAUCCAAACAAUGCCCCGCCCCCCUCGACAAUCCAUCUUCAGCACCAGCACCACCAACACAACCAGAAGCACCGCCCGCACCACCACCACAACCAGCACCACCCGCAUUACAAGCAGCAGCACCGCUAGCACUGCCCGGCCCAGCUCCACAGCCGCUCCAGACGUCAAGAACAUCCGCUCCAAGAUCGGCUCCACAGACAACAUCAAACACCAGCCUGGAGGAGGAAAGGUUUCAGGGUCUCAGAGCAGGACGGACUCACAGAUCUCAGCCUCCAAAGAGAGCAGCCAGGGCAAAGUUCAGAUAGUCUCCAAAAAAGUGGACUACAGUCACGUGACCUCACGCUUGGGCUCCAAGGACAAUAUGAAACAUAUUCCUGGUGGAGGGAACGUUCAGAUUCUCAGCAAGAAGAUCGACUUGAGUAAAGUGACCUCGAAGUGUGGAUCCAAAUCCAACAUCAAACAUAAACCAGGUGGAGGUGAAGUCAAGAUCGAGAGCCAUAAGGUGAACUAUAAGGAUAAAGCUCAGUCCAAGGUGGGAUCCAUGGAUAAUGUCAACCAUGAGCCUGGAGGAGGGAAAAUCAAGAUUGAGUCUUUCAAGCUAAAUUUCCGCGAGAACGCCCGCUCUCGCACGGACCACGGCGCCGACAUCAUCGAGUGGCCCGUUUCUGAUGAAAACCCAGUCCAGCAACAGCUUCUCCGCAGCAGCGUCUCGCUCAACGAUUCGCUGUCCUCCACCGCCGGCAUCCCUCGCUCUCACACCACCCCGAACCUGGAGCACACAUGACUCUCGCUUCCCAUUGGCCCGCUGCGCUCUAAACCCCACCUCCUACCAUUGCUCUGACUCAUCAUGUGAUUGGUGUGCUCUUUGUUGACGCUCCUGAUUGUGACUCCUGAAGGAUGAUGUGCAAAACAAUGAGUUGGCUAAACUGAACCUUCUACAUCCUCAAGUGUUGUAGAGCAUGAAUUUAGCGGCGUUUCUUUUAUUAUUGAUCUGUUCUGUACUCCUCAUAUUCAUCGUCAUGUGUCCAUCUGACCGCUGCAUACACACACACACACACAUCUCAGAUCCAUCUGGACAUUAGAUCCUGCUGCCUUCAGGUCAUUCAGGUGGGAAAAACAAGUAAUGUUAAAGAUUUUUAGAUGGAAGAUCAAUGCUUUCCAAUCAAACUAAAAUCAACAAAGUUCAUUAGAUGUGGAACUGAUAUUCUGCAAAAGCUCAUUUUUUAAUCAAACUACUCGCUCUAUAAGCAAGUGUGUUCAUGAUUAUACAUAAUAAGCAGAAUAAAAUAUUACGAGACGAUCAGUUUGCGUCAUCAAGCUGUUUUUAACGUCUAGAAAUCAAUAGAAGGUAAUGAGAGCGGAGGACUGUCGUUGCGUCCCAAUUCACACACUUAUACUACGCCCUAAAAGUGUUUACUUUUUUUGUGAAGGAAAAGUGUAUAUAUUUGAUUGUGUAACAGAAGAGUAUGCAAGCUUUGGAAUAUACUAAUUCCCUAUCAUAUUUAAUAGCCUACCUAAGCAGCAGCAGUGUAAUCUGCCAUUGGCGAGUCUUUCAUGCAGAGAAAUCUCCUCGGUUCUUUGGAUAAUUCUGCAUUUUGAAGUUAAUAUGCAAACAUGUCUUGAUAUAGGUACACAUUGUUGUUGCAGAUGAAAGAUAAUUAACUUUAAUUAACUUUACUGAAGCCUCUUGACUUGAUGGUUUGUCUCUCAUUUCCGCCAUGUUUGUAGUUUAUUUACACUUUUUACGACUUUGUAGUCAAAUUCAUGUCCAACGCACAAUGUGUUAGCGCUAUUGCUAUUAUUAUUAUUAUUAUUAAUAAUAUUAUUAUUAUUAUUAUAACUUUAAUAUUAUCAAUUAGAGUACAGACAGUUGUACACUUCAAAUUUUUACCAGAAAUAGUAAAUCAUCCGGGAACUUUUGGCAUACUCUUUUUAAAACACUAUGGUUUGGGACAUACUAAUUCUGUUUUCGAAUACUCUUUAGGACGGAUAGUAUGCGAAUGAGGACACAAUGACGCACAAAGACUGAUGGGAAAUGUAGUUUUGUUACAUGAAGCUUUAAAGUCUGUUUGAACCGAAAGUUACUGCAGACUUUAAUUUUGUAUGAAGAUGUAUUUCCAAC